UAACUCGAAUAUUUGAGUCGUUUCAUAGAAGAAAAGCACGAUGACAGUUGCCAAAAAAUUAUGGUUUUGGACGUAAUCAUGUAAUGUAUUAGGUUAAGGUAUUACGGACUUGAUUUUAAUAGUUUUUGAUCUUAUACAGGACUUUGACAAAUUACAGAUGUCCCAUGCUGUUCGAGAGGAUGAUAGUGCAGUACAUCUUAAUAUGACUAUGUUGUAUGACCGGCCGUCUAGAUCUUUCUAUCACAUUAAUAAAGCGUUCACUAGGCCUCCUCCGUAAAAUUAACGAUUUAUGGAUGGCAACAUUAGGAAUGUUUAUGUGACCUGCAAAUAAUUAAGGUUAUACGUCUUUCGGAAGUGAGUCUAAAUGUGUAUGUUAUGAUAAAGUUCAGAGAGGUAACCGAAUGAUCUUGCAGACGACAGGAAGAAAACCAGCGGGUUGUUGUGAUGAAGUUGUAUUUUUAGACCUUUCCAAGAUGGAGUGGCCAUUGCAGUUUUUACAGUUGAAUGACUAUAACCUAUGGAUAACAUCCUUCUGCGUUGUAUUUAAUCCAUUCUUCUGGAACGUUGUUGCAAGAUGGGAGUACAGAAAUGGUGGGAUAAGCAAGGCCCUUGGUGGGAAGAAACAAGGCGUAGUCUUGAUGGCUAUCAUGAUUCUAUCACUGGGUGUGUUUAGAGACUGGAUGUUUAAGUUGAUGCUUGAAAGUCAACCAAAGUGGCCAAUGUUGUAUGAGAACUGGUUAUUAUUGUCAGGCUAUGCCUCCAUAUGGAUAGGGACCACACUUGUAUUCUCCAGUUUUUAUAGCCUUGGUUUUUAUGGAACAUUCUUGGGAGAUUAUUUUGGUAUCCUGAUGGAUAAGAAAGUGACUGGAUUUCCCUUCAAUAUCUUGGACAAUCCCAUGUAUGUUGGAUCUACUCUCAAUUUCCUAGGGGCUGCUUUAGUGAAGGCCAGUCAGACGGGUAUAUUUGUAUCCAUGAUAGUAGCUAUAGUGUACAGGAUUGCUUUAAUGUUUGAAGGGCCAUUCACAGAACACAUAUACAGUCAGAAGAAAAAGAAUUGAUGAUGCGUCCUUGCCUGUCAGUUGAAGGAUAUUCUGUCUUUUCAUAAAGAUGUCCUUUCAAUAAAGAAUGAAUGAUUUUUUAAUAUA